AUGAGUCUGACCCUCUUUCUGGUCUCCUUCUACACUCUGGUCGGCGCGUACUGGCUUGUCCGCCCACUCAAAGUCGGCGUCUUUGUGGCUCUGGUCGGUCUCUCCUCAGAGCCGGAGGCCAAGCUCGGCACCCUGGUUGUCCUCCUCCCCAUCCUACUGGGCUACAAUGCUGCUGUUGCCCGGGUCACCGAUAUGAAGCGACUGGUUGCUGUGGUUGCCGGCGCUUAUGCGGCCAUCUUUGCCGCCAUCGGCCUCGUCCUGCCCAUCGCACUCGCAUCGUCAUCGUCGCCAUCGCCUUCCUUGUCGGCGUCGUGGGCUUGGCUGGGCUGGGUCACGUACUGGGUCAUCGAGUCGUUUGGAUCGGUGUGUGUGGCGAUGAUGUGGUCGGUCCUCUCGUCAGUGCUGGCGUCGCGGCCAAAGGCGACAGCGGCGCAUGUGUAUCCGCUGGCAGUGGUGGUCUGCCAGCUUGGGGCCAUCACGGGUGCGAGUCUAGCGACGCGGACCGCGUCUCUUGGCUUUGGGUUUAUGUUCUUUGUCGGUGCUGCUGCAGUUGCCGGCGUCAUCGUCACUUCGUCGGCGGCAGUGUCGUACGCUGCGGCUAGCGCGGUGGCAGCGCCAAGCGAGGCCGCUGAGGCCGGUCUGCUCAGUGGCGGACAGCUGGCGGCGCAGAUCGAGACGCUCGAGGACAAGAACGCACCACAAGCAGCAGCAAGUGCGAGUCAUUUGCCGCCGCCGCGCGGCGGGCGCGGCAGUGCGGCGCAGCGCAGACAGCGGCGACAGACCGGCCUGCUCGAGGGCUUGAUCAUCAUCGGGACCGACACGUAUGUCGGUGGCAUCCUUGUUGUCUCGACCUUUGCCGAGCUCAUCGGCACCAUUCUCGACUACCAGAUGAAGGUGGUGGCCAAGCGAGAGUAUGCAACGCCCGAGGCCUUUGCCGGCUUUAUGGGCUACUUUGGCGUGGCGGUCAACUCGAUGUCGCUCGUGUUCGCGCUUGUGGGGACCAAGCGGUUCUUGGCCAUGUUUGGCCUCCGUGCGGCGCUGCUGGCGUAUCCCCUGGGGUGUGCAUCGGUGGUAGGCCUCGUGUACCUCGCGCCUUCGCUUGCGUUUAUGUUUGUGGGCAUGGUUGCGCUCAAGGCGUUCAACUACUCGCUCAACAACCCGGCCAAGGAGCUGCUGUACCUCUCGACGACGCCCGACGUGCGGUUCAAGGCCAAGUCGUGGAUCGACAUGUUUGGGACACGGCUGGCCAAGGGCGUGGAACUCGACGGCGGCGCUCCUUGA